UAUUGAUCUGUGAAGUUCUGAAGAAUUUUUCAAUUUUGGAAAUUUAAUUUUAGACUUGGAAAUUAUAAACUUGUUGUGGAGUAGAAGCUAAAAUCAGUGUUGAAAGCAGAGAAACCAAUCAGUGUUUGUACAACAUUCUCGGCGUUAACAAGUACACAAAUUCAAUUGAACUCUUUGAAGACAGUAUUGCCAAUUAAAGUAGCAAAUAAAACAUGGCUAGCCAAGAAGAACUUAUAAACGAUUGCUAUGAAUUCAUAUAUCCAUUGGCUUUGAAGGCUGGCGAUUUUUUAAUGGAAGGUUAUAACAAGGCUACAAAGUGUGUUGAUAUUAAAGGUGAUUACUAUGAUGUGGUCACUGACUAUGACAAUCGUAUCGAAGAAUUCCUAUGUUCUGAAAUUUUAAAAAAAUAUCCCAAGCAUAAAUUUAUUGGUGAAGAAGAAACAGCAAAAAAUGAUAACAUUCCCAAAGAGUUGACGGAUGAUCCCACCUGGAUCAUAGAUCCCAUUGAUGGCACAUCAAAUUUUAUCAAAAAAAUACCACAUACUUGUGUAUCUAUAGGUUUGUUGGUGAAUAAGAAAGCUGUCUUGGGUAUAGUCAAUACACCGGCACAACAAAAAAUCUACACAACAAAACUGGGCCAAGGUGCCUUUUGCAAUGGUCAACGCAUAAAAGUUAGUGAAUGUGAAAUGAUGAAAAGCGCCAAUGUUGGCUAUGAGGUUUCCCUGCUACAUGAAUCAACCAUACGGGAUAAACAUAUUAAACGUAUUUACAGCAUUGGCUCGCAAUGCAGAAGACUACUCUCCUAUGCGUGCGUUGUUGACACUCUGUGUAUGGUUGCAGCCGGUAAUUUGGAUGCUUAUCAUGUAGAGGAUAUGUAUCCAUGGGAUUGUGCAGCCGGUUAUUUGCUUAUUAAAGAAGCGGGCGGAGUUGUAACGCAUACCUAUGGAGGGGAAUUUGAUAUAAUGAAACCGGAUUUAAUAUGUGCUGGCACAGAAAAUUUACGCUCUGAGUUGGAGCAAAUAAUACGAAAAGCUGAUCAACAAGAGUCGGUGGGAAGCGGUCACAAAAAAACUUAAAAGAAACCGGUUUUAAUUAUUUAGAAUACAUAUAUGUAUACAUAUAAAUAAUAAUAAAGAGUGAUUUUUACAUCAAA